AUGUGUUAUCACGAUGAUAUACUAAUAGGUCACAAUGGCGGGAAUUCGGGGGGUACCUUGUAUGACGAUCAGAUCAAGCCAAAAGCUUUGGGAUUGCGUGAGGUUGCCAAUCCUUUAUCAAGGCCAUCUUCCAAGUCAUUGUUCAUUCCCCCAAACCAACUUGGAACACCAUCCAACACAAUGCCCGAAAGCACACACGUACCCAAGCUACGACUCCACCAUGGCUCCUCUGCAAUGGCCAUCGCUCAAUUAGAAGCGACAGAAUGCGCCAAAAAGUUGUCAUACGAGCCUGUCACAAUCCAUGCUCAUCCUGGUACCGACCUUUGGCGUAAACCACCUCACACAGACAUCGACAACGCCCCUAUCUGUCUAAUUUCAGCCCCUAUCGACCUACACAAGUUCCACACCGCGCGUGUCACCGUCAGCGCCAACUGGAGCUCUCUCUACGACCAGGGAGGGCUUGCUUUGUUCAUUCCUGAUGAAGAUCUUACCAAGUGGGUCAAAACCGGCAUCGAGUACGUCUGGGGGAAACCCUUCGUGGGCACCGUCGCCACGAGCCGAUGGAGCGAUUGGUCGCUCGUGCCUCUCCCUGAGAGCGCUGGAGGAAAAAUCACCAUCCAGGUUGAACGCGAGACGAAGGGCAACGAUAGAGUCGAGAGCUUGUGGGUGUACCUUGUCAACGAUGAAACCGGGGAGAAAUUGGGUAUCAGGGAAAUUACGUGGUUCUUCAGACACGAUGUCGAGGGAGAUGAGGCCGUCCAAGAGGAUACGGGUAGAACGCUGCUCGUUGGUGUUUAUGCUGCCCGACCCAAGGUACCUGAAGGAGAGGGGCGCGAGCAUGAGGAAUUGGAGGUCAAGCUUGAAGGGUUUGAAGUUACUCUAUUCGACGACUAA